AUGUACUGGAAUAGGGAUGUGAACAUUUGCUCUGUAUUUUUGUACAAGAACGAGCAAAGACCAGUGAACUUUGUCAAAGGGUUCAAUGUUGUCCAGUUUUUUUUGAUGCAUUUCAAGUAUAGAAAAAUAACAAUGGUCAAGAGACGAUCAUUGGCAGCAGAGCAGGAGACGACAGAUGUAACGACGUGUGGAGAUAGGGAGAUGGAUAAACAGCAGGUAUAUACAGAGAUGCAAAAUGUGCUGCAUCAAGUACAGGACGAUGAACAUCCUGAAAAUAUUAUGCAGACCGACCAAUUGGAAUCUCUAAAGCGACACAAAUCCAACUCUUUGAAAAAAGUAAUCAACAAUGCUCAAGGUCUUCCCAACUGGAUUUCACAGCCAAUAACUGUCCAGGCAGCCAUUAUCAGCACAGAUAACAAUAAAAUUGACUCGACUGCAUCAGAAAUUAAAUUAUCGUCUAUUCUCUUGCAGCGAUUAACUGCAAUGGGCAUUGAGCAUUGGUUUCCUGUCCAAGAAGCAAUUCUUCCACAACUUCUUAAAACUCGUUGGUGGACUCAAUCCGUAUCUCCAGGAGAUUUAUGCGUGGCAGCUUCAACUGGUUCCGGAAAGACUCUUGCGUAUGCUGUGCCGAUCGUAGAAACGCUUUUAACAAGAGUUAUUCCCCGUAUCCGAGCACUAGUGAUUGUGCCUACUCGAGAUUUGGCAUUGCAAGUUCGCAGGACAUUUGAGAGUUUGGUCAUAGGCACAAAACUCAGAGUGGCAGCGGUAACUGGUCAAGCUUCAUUUUCCGCAGAAAAGGCAUUAUUGGUAUCUGCUGAAAUACCGUGCUCGUCAUCUCUGGACUCUUUGCUGCUACAACAUCCUUUGGCUAAUGAAGAUGCCAUUACUGAAUCUGGCGGAUCCUCACGGAUCGACAUUUUGAUUGCCACGCCUGGCCGUCUUAUGGAUCAUCUGAAUGGUACGCCUGGUUUCUCUCUCAGCCAUUUGCGUUUCUUGGUAAUUGAUGAAGCUGAUAGAUUGCUGAAUCAGUCGUUUCAUGGAUGGCUUGGAAGUGUUCUCAAAGCUGUUGAUCCUGUCCAGAAAGAAGCAGCAGCUUCAAACCAUCUAGAUAUCCCAUCAACUGCUCUUCAAAAGCUUUUGUUUUCUGCAACUCUGACUAGAAAUCCAUCCAAAAUUGCCUCACUGCGGCUCCGUAAUCCUCGUUAUAUUACUGUGUCGGGCUCUCCAGAUGGUUUAUUAGAUCAAGAUGUGAAUAAUGUCGACAUGAACGACCAGCCAGCCAAUAUCACCAGUUCAGUUGAACAACGCUUUAUCACUCCUCCCUCGCUGGUCGAGAGAAUGGUGGUUCUUUCUGAAUCAGACAAACCGCUGGCAUUGUUAUACUUUUUUGACACGCUUAAACAUUCGGGAGUUCUUGUAUUUGUAAAGUCAGUGGAAUCAGCGCAUCGACUUUCACUGCUUUUAAAUCUAUCUUUAAAGUUACAUCAUGGCAAAGCUUCAAAUGACCAACCUCUUACCGAAGCAUUCUCCUCUGAUCUGUCUGUAUCCAAACGCCAAAAGCUUAUCUCUAUGUUCAAGGCAGGACAAAUAUUGGGGCUCAUUUGCUCCGAUAUCAUGGCACGUGGUAUGGACCUGGGUGAGUCUGUCAAAGUUGUUAUCAACUAUAGCGUUCCUAGCAGAAUAAAAAGUUAUGUUCAUCGUAUUGGCAGAACCGCCCGGGCUGGUCGAGAUGGUAUUGCAUAUACUUUUCUCGAGUCAAGGCAAGUACGAUGGUUCAAGUCUGAGUGUAAAGCCAAUUUAUCUCGUGCUGAUUCAAGUCAUCAGUUUAAAAAAUUGGCUCUUGACGAAAAACAUUGGGGACCCUAUAUAUCUUCCUAUCAAGCAUCACUUGAGCAAUUGCAUCGUACCAUGAAAGGAAAAAAUAACGAUUCUCCCAGUAGCUCGAGUGAUUCUUCAAGCAAUUCUUCCAGUAGCUCGGAUGAUUCUUCAAGCGAUUCUCCCAGUAGCUCGGAUGAUUCUUCAAGCGAUUCUUCCAGUAGCUCGGAUGAUUCUUCAAGCGAUUCUCCCAGUAGCUCGGAUGGCUCUUCAAGCGAUUCUUCCAGUAGCUCGAGUGAUUCUUCCAGUAGCUCGAGUGAUUCUUCAAGUAAUUCCUUGAAUAAUGAAUCUGAUCAAGUUUUAAAAUCCUCCUUAAUGCAUCCUGCUUCAGUUGUUUAUCAUUCAGGAAUUCAGGCACCCGAAUUCAAAUCCACUCCAAGUAUGGAUUGCUGGGGAGAGGGAUGGAAAUAAAGAUAAAUAUUUGAAAUC